AUGGCACUGCGCGAUGACGCAAUCGGCGUGCUGACCAGUAUUGCGUGCACCUUGUGGCGGAUGAACGGCAAUACCUGGUCUACACCCGAUAGACCUCGCGAUGUCAUUGACCAGGAAGGCAAGACAUUUGAAUUCUAUGCUGCCCGCCUGGUCGCGGCCAUGGUCACUCAGAUAUUCUCAUACAUGAUCGACAGUGGCGUUCGAUACAGCUACAUCUGCACAGGGGAGGCAUUUGCGGACGGUGAAUUGCGCCUCCACCGGACCGCUAUCGGUCAGGUGCCUGCGUUCACCCUUCAAGCGCUGGCCAUUGGGCCUGCGACUCGAUGGCACGUUAUGGCACACGACCAGCUAAUAACUUGGAAAGUCGAAGUUCUCAACAAGUUGAGAGAAAUUCCCUAA